UUUAACCCGGUGUACGAGUAACGAUAGCGCAGUUGUCAGUUCCCUGGAGAGCGAGAUAGAGAGACGGUGGAGAGUAAGGCAGGCCACUAGCCAGCCAGUAACUGCCAGUGCCAGUAGUCUCCGGCGAGUCGUCUCGCGAGUUUAUGCGUGAGACAUCGUCGUAAUAAAAUAAAAAGAAACUGCACCGAAGCAGGCCACGGAACACGAAACUUGAUGUCAUACACACAAUUUCGGGGUGCGUGUCUUAUCCAGGAAUAUUUAGUAUAAAUCUCUAGAAAAAAAAAAGAAUCAAGAGUAGCGUGCGCGCGUGAUUGUGUAUGAGUGUGCGUGACAACGGCGCCGGAAGGUUCGAUCGGUGUUUUCCCUCUCGUCUAAUACGUUGGAAUUGCCGGCGGACUACAAACACAAAAGAGCGUCGAAGGAUAAAGUGAGAGACUACAAAGGGCCUGGAGAAAAUGAACAAGAUGGAUUAUCUCGAUGUGACCCAACCGAACUACUCGUACGUGUUCAAUUUUGAGGAAAAAUUCAUUCACCAGGACACGAGGGAUUGGAUGACGACCAAUUGGACGAAUGGAUUUUACGCUUGUGGUAUAUACAUGAUACUGAUUUUCGGUGGCCAAUAUUGGAUGGCCAGUAGACCGAGAUACGAGUUAAGAGGUGUUUUGAGUAUUUGGAAUACGAUGCUCGCUGCCUUCUCGAUCAUCGGAUUCACCAGGACAGCUCCGGAACUCAUUCACGUUCUGAGAAAUUACGGGCUUUAUCACAGCGUUUGCAUACCUAGUUUCAUCGUUCACGACCGAGUAUCCGGCUUUUGGACGUGGAUGUUCGUACUAUCGAAAUUACCGGAGCUCGGUGACACCUUGUUCAUCGUAUUGAGAAAGCAGCCCUUGAUAUUUCUACAUUGGUAUCAUCACAUAACCGUGUUAUUGUACUCGUGGUUUUCGUACACCGAGUACACGGCGUCAGCGAGAUGGUUCGUCGUCAUGAACUAUUGCGUACACUCGAUAAUGUACUCUUAUUACGCUCUCAGAGCAAUGCGUUAUUCGCCACCAAAGAGUAUAUCCAUGGUAAUAACGAUGCUCCAAUUGACCCAAAUGAUAGUCGGUUGUGCCAUCAACGUAUGGGCAUUUCAGUAUCUCUCCCACGGCCAAAAGGAAUGCGGAAUAUCGCGGGUCAACAUUAAAUUUAGUCUUACCAUGUAUUUCAGCUACUUUGUUUUAUUCGCGAGAUUCUUUUACAACGCCUACAUCUCCGAUUCUCGCGGCAAAUGGGCUAAGAAAUCCUUGUUCGAAGGAAACGGGAAUGGGCACAUCGGUGCUGCCGAAUACACCAACGGAAAGCUCAAGGCCAACUAGACCUAAAUAUCGUUAAGCGACCGAUGGAAGGAGUAAAAACGGUGGAAGAGGGAGAAAGGAGGAGAUGAAAAAUCAAGCCGGAAGCGCGGCGGGAGGGGGGGGGGGGGGGGACCAGAUUUCGUCCGAGUAACCGGGCUCUCUGGUGGAACAGGAAGAUGUACGUGAAAACGCGAGAAGAAACGAUCCGAAAUCGCGAUUACGUCGACACGAAAAUCGUACGGGAAUUUCGUCUUGCCCCCCACCCACCCCCCCGAGGCAACCGAACGCAUCCGGACGAACGUGAAUUACCAAACGCAAACAAGAAGAAAACGAUUAAAACGCACCUGAUAAUACGCACCGAAAUGGCUAACGAUGGAAAGAUCGGAGCGAUCGAUCGGAGCGAUCGAAGAUGGAAAAAUAGGAAGGAUUUUUCUCGAGCCGGCUGGAGGAAUGAAAAAAAAUUUGUAAGGCGCAUCAAACGUAUGUGUGUUUUCGCGAGUGUCUCCCGGUAUCUAUUUUCACACGUAUUAAUGAUUUUCUCGUAUCCCCCCGACUUGAUGCACGUAUUUAUUUCUCUCUCCCUCUCUUUGCCUCGCUCUCUCAUUUUCACGUAGUACUUCGGAAUGAGAAACGCGCGGGCGCAAGCGAGGCUGGCUUUCGGUACGAUGUUCUUUCCGUGCUGGGUCCACGUUGAAUUCUUCACACGAGAAACUGGGAUUGAGCGAGAAAAUGAGAGGAAUGAAAGCAGAGAGAGAGAGAGGGAGACGUGUACCGUUGACCUACUUCGUUGCAGACGUCUCGUAGUUGAAAAACCGACGAAAAAUUAGCAUCGUUGGACACACAACGAGUACGAUUGCAGACCAUUUCAUUGCGCUUUCUUUCCUAUGCACAAUGUUCGACAACUCAAAGAUUUUUGCAAUGGAUUGAGUUACGAGAGAACGUGGCAAUGCGACGGAUGCAGGAAAACACGAAACAGUUAUUUAUUUAUGUAUGCGAAUAAUAUUCGUACGUCACUGUAUUAAGCCUUGUCUCCGUGCGAGAGGUUACAAGUGACCCUCCAUUACCGAGAGAUCAUUCAAUGUUGAGCUCUUCGUCGGAGAGCACACAUACGUCUGUGCGUCACUUUGUAAAUAUUGGUCUUGAAAAAGUUGCUCGCUUCGCGUCGUGGAAUUCAUUAUGUACAAAAUUAACGAUGAAAAAAGGAAGAAUUAACGCGUGUGACGCGCAUCGAUGCUAAUUGAGCGAAGAAUCUUUUCAUCGGUUUCAAGAGAUGUCAAAAUCUGAGAAACGUCGAAGCAUCGAAGACAACGCGAGCGACAAGGAACUAGGCAAAAAUAUGAUUUCAACGGGGAGCUCGUUCCGGUAGCAGUGAGAGAAAGAGUGCGGAUUUUUUUUAAAAAAACUGCCUCAACGUUAAUUAACAAAUGUUGUAGAGGAACGACCUUUUGAAUGAAACAGUCGUAACCGCGACGGAAUGUGAGGGAAAAUAAAGACAGUAUAAUUGAAAGAGGUACAAAUUCUGAAAAUCUCCAAUGUGAGCUGACGCAAAGAGAGCGUUGAUUGUUCGUGCAUCGAUGGAAAAGAUUUUUUUAAUUUUCAAAUAAUUUGACGCGUAAUAAACGAAAUUUCGACUCGUCCUCGGACGGAGAGCGACUUGAGAAACGUUAAUGGCCAAAUUUCGUAACGAACAGCGACGAUGGAUAGCUUGAAAUUUGUCGAAUCAAGGGAAUAGAAUAUGUGCGUAAGCGUGGGCUUGUGUACGCGCGCGUGUUUUCACCUCGCUCACGGGCGAAGCAUCUUCGACAGCAGCGAUGGUAAUCGAUCGAAUUGGACAAAAUUUCCAGUUAUUUUUAAGCAUUUAAUUUAUCAUUGAAAUGAGGAUGAUCUAACGUAUAGCAAACAAUAUUUAUUGUAAAAAAAAUAAUAAGAAAGAAAUCGUCAACUUUUUUUUUCUUCUUUUUCGAACGAUGCCCAUACCUGCUCCGAUACUGCUUUCUUCACAUCGAGUUUAAAAAAUACGUGAUUCACCGACUCGGAGUUUUUGCAUUUUACCAUUUUGCGAAUACUUGAAACGUCGUGGUCAAGUUAUUGUCCGGUUUGGUGCUGCGGCGCGUAUAUUCAUGAUUUUCCGUAACGCUGGUAUCGAAGGUUCCGUCACUCCGCAGCCGGUGCGACGUCUUCAUUUUUUUCCUCGUACUGAAAUCGAGAGUACCGUCGUCCGGUCAAUAAAAUCGGAAAAGAAAAGGAAAUAAAAAGUGUGCGAAGACUUGUAAAUUCUUGUAAAAGCUGAAAGAAAGAGCCAACAAGACGAGAGUUGACUUGGCCGUCGAUACACGUUGAACGACGCGUACCCACUUUUCCUUAAACGAGUGGUUUUGUCGUAUAAAAAAAGUAUGCAUUUUUCGAGAGUUGUAUAGUGUCGGUCGGCGCCGGUAGGCGGCUAGCUGAGAAGAGCCGAAAAAUGAGAAGAACGGCUGGAACAACGCGAUUCAACAAUGGCGGCGGACAGAAGAGUCUGUACUCUUGCGAAGGCUGUGCGCGUGUAUCGUGUGUUCUGGCGAGCAUACAUUUGUAUGAAAAACGAGUUGAUUAACGGUUGUAUGAUGUAUCAACUAUUUAUUAUAUUAAGGUCGAGUUGUAACGAGAUUGCCGGAGGAUACAAUCGUUCGAUAUUUGCCAACGACGGUCGAGCUGCUGAGCGCGAUGAUUUUUUUAGUUAUUCGGCGGAAGAGAGGCCAAGAACAAUGCCCGCGAGAGGCUUACGUUAGCGAAAAAUUUCCAUCACAAUAUGCAGUCUCAUUGGUUCACCGGGAAAACACGCGAUUCCAAUUUCGACGCUUGCCAAUCCGAUCGCCGAUUUCUAACCGCUCUACGUUUAACCUUAAAAACAACCGAACGUCAGCUUCGGAGCAGUGUUGAUAUGAACUUAACGAAGAGCUUAGUAAACUUAUAUUCAAUGAUAAUGGUGGAUCGAUUCGAUGAUGAUAGAUAUCGAAGCGCGAUUCACUCGAUGUUGCAGCAGCAGGCGCAUCUCAUAGCGAUUCGAAUUUCGUUCGAGAAAUUUGAUGUCAAAUAUAUUUACGCGACAACUUGCGCAAGUACGAGUCAUGCAUUGGCGGGAAAGUGCGAUUGACGCGAGAAAAAAUAAUGCUUAUUAUAUUGAAAAAAUAUUGUCACGCUCCGCGUCGAUCCGGAGUUUUCUUUCACGAUUCAGAACAAAUCGCAAACUCGGACAAACGAACGAACAAUGGAACGACGAAGAAGCAUGUUUGCCGAAACUCGCACGUUUCGUUUUCCCUACUGGCUCGUUCGCGUGUAAUGCGCCAUAAUGAUAAUAAAAGACAAAAAAAACUGUUUCUCGUAUCCCGGGUUCUUAGAGAACAAAUGUUUAUUCCGUAUACGGAGUAUUCUUUUGAGAUUCGAAAUAAUAUAGCGCGGAAAAGCUCUCACGCGAACGCCUCGAACGAGCGGUCCGGCUACCGUUCGUUCGAACAAAAUGAAGAGAAUUUUGUUUUUUUUCGUCCCCGAUACCGGUUCUGCAUACGAGCUUCAAUUGUAUCGGGAUUUAUCACCAUAGUACGUGCGAAAAAGGUAGAUAUCUGUUGUCGUAUUAUAUUCUUCAUCCGUGGGAUGAUUGUUGUCAUUUGUAUUUAACGCGCAUCGAAGAUAAAAUAACCUCAAAAAUGUCACCUACCGAAAGUCGACUUCGAGCGCGAGUCUCAUUAUUGCCAAUAUGCUCUUUUUUGAGUGUACGUGGUAGGUUUGGGAGAGGGAUGUGUACAUAAUAAAUUGUACAUAUAUUUUUAAUGCGAAAAAUUGUGAGCAUAAUAUAUUGCAUUACUAUUAGUAUAUUCGAGCGGGGAAUAUUAUUUCUUUUGUAUAUUUGGUGGGUGCGUGCGUGCGUGCGUGCCUGAGUUUGAGAAUAAAAACUCUCGUACAGAUGCAUGGAAUACAUGAUCUUACUCGUAAGCCUAUAAAAUAAUGCUCAAAUCCGUAAGAAAUGUGCACAAUACGAUUUAAAAAUGAAACAAAACCAAAUAAAAGAAAACAUUGUGGAACAAAA